AUGUCCGAUCUCGCUAACAAGAUUGUCAUCCUCGUCACUGGUGGAUCGGGACUGGUUGGAUCGGCUAUCAGAUGGGAAUGGAUAUUUGCGCGUUCUAGUGAGGGUGAUCUGAGGGACCCUGAAGCUGCUAAGAAGCUGUUCGAGAAGUAUAAACCCACUCAUGUUAUUCACCUGGCUGCACUAGGUAACUUGUUUGGUAUCGAUCUAAUUCUCGCUGACAAUUCUGUAGUUGGCGGGCUCUUCAAGAACAUGAAAUAUAAACUGACAUUCCUCCGAGAUAAUACACUCAUCAAUGAUAAUGUCCUUCAAACGUCCCAUGAAACGAAGGUUAAAAAGGUCAUCUCCUGCUUGUCGACGUGCGUUUUCCCCGAUAGGGUUCAGUAUCCCCUCGAUGAGACAAAGAUUCAUCUUGGCCCUCCACAUGAGAGCAAUUUUGGGUACGCGCAUGCGAAGCGGAUGGUGGACGUGACAAACCAUGCCUAUCAUGAAGAAUUCGGCAGUUCCUUUACAUCUGCCAUCCCAACGAAUGUCUUCGGUCCCCACGAUAACUUCGAUCUGGAGGACUCCCAUGUCAUACCAGGACUCCUCCACAAGUGUUAUUUGGCAAAAAAGAACGGCACGCCCUUUACCGUAGCAGGAACUGGGAAACCCCUUCGACAAUUCAUUUACUCGCGAGACCUCGCAAAGCUAUUCAUCUGGCAGUUGAGGGAGUAUGACGAGAUUGAUCCCGUCAUUCUAUCUGUCGGUGAGAACGAGGAGAUCAGCAUCAAGCAGGUCGCAGAUGCUAUAGUCAAAGCCAUCGGCUUUGAAGGCGAUUACAAGUUCGAUACGACUCGAGCAGAUGGGCAGUUCCGCAAACCUGCUUCAAACGCAAAGCUUCUGAGGUUAAUCGGCAAUUUCACCUUCACGCCUUUUGAUCAAGCUUUGGAGGAGACUGCAGCGUGGUUUGUGCAGAAUUAUGAUAAGGCUAGAAUCGGACAAGUGCCAAAAGCGAAUGAACCAGAGUAGGAGUUGCAUUCCAUGUAGAACUCGGACCAUUGUAAUUUCAGCAUUUAGAUAGUAUAAGUAGGAUAUCCGUACAAGGGCACACGAUCCCUUUUCAUGUUUCAUUAGUCGGAAGCCAGCCAACGUAACUUAAAAAUCGCCCCAAUUACGGCGGAAUUUGUACUGUACG